AUGAAUUACGGGACUGGUAAAGUGGCCUUGUCUGUUGGCCAGUUGCGAAGCGUCUAUGGCCAGCUACAUAGCAUACUGGAGGAGCGAAUGUCUUUAGUGAUGCCUGGCGAUGGUGAUGCUGAAGGCGAUGAGGAUAUGGUUCGCAGAGAAGUGCAAUUGAGACUGCAGGAGUAUUUGCUACGUGUGAUGGAGAUGGCAGGGGAUUCCAUAGAAGUCACAGAUGCGGACCCCGAAAAGAGUAUACGUGAGCUGAUCAUGGAAUCACGUCAGAAGUACAUGGAACCCUUCGAUCUUGAUUUGAACGAACGUGUUAGAGAGCAAUACCAUAAAUGGGAGGAUGCUAAUGUCAAGAUUGCCCAAUUAAGAAGACGCGGUCCCGAAACAGUCAGGUCUAUGUACUUGGAGGAACAAGAGAAGUAUCUAAAUGAAGUUGAUAAAAGGAUCGAUGCUUUGGAGGAUACAGACCAAGAAACAUCUGAGGAUACAACACAAGAAUACGUACCAGAGGUGAUGUCAGAAGAGGACAGGCAGCUGUUCCAGGAAGCGCUUAAAUCAGUCUUGGAUACCCAAGCUAGAAUUCCAGAGAUUCGUGGUGAGCUUGCUAGCAACAACAAUCUUUUGAACUACCUCGACAAAACUUAG